CUGAUGUAAUAAAAUUAACCCAUAAUUUUCCUACAAAUUUAUUGUGUUUUCUCCAACUAACAGACUUUCUGUAACAAAUAAAUAUAAGGGCAGUAUACCACAAUCUUGGAUCGAUUUUCGUAGAUACAUGAAAGAUAACACAAUGUCUCACGCCAAUAAUGCUUUAAAAUCUCCUAAUAUAAUGUAAGCCUUUUUCGAGUCAAUUGCAUUGCCUCUCCCAUCCAUGGCUUCUUGUGUUCAAGAGCUUCAUUUCUCUCACAUGAAUAUCCCUAUAACCGUUGAUCGAAUGAUUCCGGUCUUGCCGGCCGGUCCCAUUCCUGCUGUCCUUGGGAGCAGGCUAUACUUGUCGAACCUUGAUAACAUGAUCGGAGCUCGUGUUUUCACUCCGACCGUGUACUUUUACGGAUCGAAAGAUGUGAGUUCCAAUGGAAAACCAGUCGUGAAAACUUUGUGUGAUGCACUAGCCAGAGUUUUGGUUCCUUAUUAUCCUUUAUCCGGUCGGCUCAGAGAGGCCUCGGAUGGGAAACUCGAAGUGUUUUUCGGACGAGAACAGGGUGCACUAAUGGUGGAGGCACACUCUGAUAUGGCUUUAGCGGAAUUAGGCGACCUCGCUGUGCCGAACCCGGCAUGGGCUCCGUUAAACUACAGGUUCCCGGAUGAAGAGCCGUAUAAAGUCCUUGACAUGCCAUUAGUGAUAGCUCAGGUGACCCUUUUUGCUUGUGGUGGCUUUAGCCUUGGUCUUAGACUUUGUCAUUGCAUAUGUGAUGGUGUUGGUGCUAUGCAGUUUCUUGCUGCAUGGGCUGCUACUGCAAAAACAGAUACAUUGGUAACAAACCCGGAGCCCUGUUGGGACAGAGAAUUUUUCCGGCCCCGAAAUCCACCGACGGUAAAAUACCAACAUCCCGAGUUCAUGAACAUCGAAGAAGGUUCGAGCUUAACAGCGAGUUUAUGGGAAUCCAAUCCUGUUCAAAAGUGUUACAAGGUUAGCAAUCAGUUCCAAGCUCAACUAAAAUCACUAGCUCAACCGAACGACAUGCUCAGCUGCUCCACCUUCGAUGCGAUGGCGGCUCACGUUUGGCGAUCAUGGGUAAAAGCACUCGAUGUAAAACCACUGGACUAUGAACUUAGGCUCACGUUCUCGGUCAAUGCUCGUCCCAAACUGAAAAAUCCACCAUUGAAAAAAGGAUUUUAUGGCAAUGUAGUUUGUGUGGCCUGUGGAAUGAGCACGGUUUACGAUCUCAUCAACGGUAGUCUCUCAGAUACCGCUCGAUUGGUUCGCCAUGCCAGACUCGGUAUAUCGGAGGAAUAUGUAAGGUCAACUGUUGACUAUAUGGAAAUUGAUAGGGCUAAAAGGCUUGAAUUUGGAGGGAAACUGACUAUAACACAAUGGACUAGAUUUUCAUUGUAUGAAUCUGCUGAUUUCGGAUGGGGCAGACCAAUCUAUGCCGGUCCGAUCGACCUGACCCCGACACCACAGGUUUGCGUGUUCUUGCCUGACGGGACUGCUGAAUCGGGUGGAGCAACGGUGGUUUGCAUCUGCUUGCCUGAGUCUGCCACCCAUAGAUUUACUGAGUUUUUAUGUUGGAAGGAUUUCAUUUCGUAUGAAUGA